UUAGUCUUAUACCUUCUCAUGGAAAGAGACGUUACAAAACCAAAUUUUUGUUUGCUCUAAGUAUCUCAGUAUAUUCCAGUCUGCCUUUUGAAAUGUAGCAGAUAAAUAGGUUAGGAGUGCAGUGUAAGAAAUUAGGAAGAAGAAAGACUCCAAACUAGUAACUUCUAAAGGAAGUGAAACAAACUUUCUGUACUCUGUGGAGGAUUUAACGAGGAGGCCAAUGUCCAAAUUCCUUAAAAAUAACUGAUCUAAGGAAAGUAAUUUUCGUUAGGUUUUGUUUCCUCAGGGUGUGUGAACAGCUCUCUUACUUUGAACACGCGCAUAAGUACCAUAAAGUACCAUAAAGAUCUCAGGAGCCUGUGCUAAAUGCCCUGUCCACGGAGCGCUUUCCUGAAAGGGUCUGGGAUGCAGCAGUAGUCAGGUUUUCAUCUUCUGGGUUGGAGCAGGUCCUUUGGAGAAAGCAGGACAGCCUGUGUUAGAUCAGCUUGAGAAGAUGCUUAAGGGUGUAUUGGCUGUCUAGUUUUGAUUCGAUAGGGUGAAAGUACACUCCACAAUGCUCUUUCCCACAUCGACGUUGCUCUGUGAAGUGGGCAGGGUGCAUUAGAGGGAAAAUCCAGAAAGAACUUUCGACUUGGUAUUAAAAGUGAAGUGUCAUGCCUCUGAAAAUGAAGAUCCUGUGGUAUUGUGGAAAUUCCCAGAGGACUUUGGAGAUCAGUUACUUGCCAUGGUUUGAAGUGUAUUAUAAACUUCUAAAUACUCUGGCAGAUUACUUGGCCAAGGAACUGGAAGAUGAUUUGAAUGAAACUCUUAAAUCACUCUAUAGCCACCCAGUACCGAAGGCAAAUACUCCCGUCCACUUGAGUGUGAACCAAGAGCUAUUUAUUGCCAGUGAGCAAGUUCUGAAAGAUGACCCCUCACUAAUGCCGCACUCCUGUUUCAUCACACCGGACAUAACUGGACUUCCAACCAUCCCGGAGAGUAGAAACCUGACGGAGUACUUCGUAGCUGUGGAUGUGAACAACAUGCUGCGGUUGUACGCCAGCAUGCUGCACGAGAGGCGCAUCAUUAUUACCUCGAGCAAAUUAAGCACUUUAACUGCCUGUCUCCAUGGAUCGGCCGCUCUGCUCUACCCGAUGUACUGGCAACACAUAUAUAUCCCUGUGCUUCCUCCACACCUGCUGGACUACUGCUGUGCCCCAAUGCCAUACCUGAUUGGAAUACACUCCAGUCUCAUAGAGAGAGUGAAAAAUAAAUCAUUGGAAGAUGUGGUUAUGUUAAAUGUUGACACAAACACAUUAGAAUCACCAUUUAAUGACGUGAACAGCCUGCCCAGUGAUGUGGUCUCGGCCUUGAAAAAUAAGCUGAAGAAGCAGUCCACAGCUACGGGAGAUGGAGUGGCUCGGGCCUUUCUGAGGGCGCAGGCAGCUUUGUUUGGCUCCUACCGAGAUGCUCUGAGAUACAAGCCUGGCGAGCCCAUCACCUUCUGUGAGGAGAGCUUUGUAAAGCACCGCUCAAGUGUGAUGAAACAAUUCCUGGAGACUGCAGUUAACCUUCAGCUGUUUAAGCAGUUUAUUGACGGUCGACUGGCAAAACUCAAUGCAGGAAGAGGUUUCUCUGAUAUAUUCGAAGAGGAGAUCACUUCAGGUGGCUUCUGUGGAGGGAGCCCGCGGUCAUAUCAACAGUGGGUGUAUACAGUCAAGAAAGGAGGUGCAUUGUUCAACACAGCAGUGACCAAAGCGACUCCUGCUGUGCGGACAGCCUACAAAUUUGCAAAGAGUCACGCCAGACUGGGUCUGAAGGAGGUGAAGAGCAGACUGAGACACAAGGACAAUGAGGAGGAUUAUGGGACCUGUUCUGGUUUGGUACAGUACACACCAGUAUACACCUUGCACCAUGAAAGGGGAGAAACCAGAGAGAAGCAGAAGCUUUCCCAGGCACACUUGAAAAGGCCCCAUAAGAGCCUCGACGGCACCCUGUAUGAUGAUGAUGAUGACAUCGAAAGGGCAAGCAAGAUAUCUUCUGAAGACGGUGAAGAAACAUCUGCCUAUUUCUAUGAGAGCGACGACUCUGUUGAUGCACAGGUGAAGGCUCCUUACUCAGGUGAGAUGGAUUUACUGGGCGAGAUCCUGGACACGCUGAGCACACACAGCUCUGACCAAGGAAAGCUGGCACCCGCCAAGAGCCUGGAUUUCUUCAGAUCCAUGGACGACAUUGACUACAAGCCCACGAACAAGUCCAACGCUCCCAGUGAGAAUAACCUGACCCUACUGUGUGCUUCUGGCGAUCAGGGAGAGUGGAAUCUCGGGCAGGAUGACAGCGCCCUCCAUGGCAAGCACCUCCCUCCAUCCCCCAGGAAAAGAGUUUGCUCCAGUGGGUUGACAGAUUCCCUAUUUAUCUUGAAAGAGGAGAACACUGAGAAGCCCUUCAGUGCUGACAGUGUAAGUGUCCCUACUGUGGUGGAAAAGUCCGCUUCUACUUCAGAUUCCGGUUUCCAGCCAGCCACUCCUGAAGCUUCUCAGACGCAUAAAGGAAAACCAGAGGUGAAGCAAACACUAAGUCAAGCUUCAGAUGAUCUGCUGGUACCCAGCCCUGGGAACCGCCAGUCUACUUUUGUUCCCUGGGAAAAAGCUGGGAAAGAGGAGACGAAGCCUUCAAAAGAUGUUGGACUUCUCCAAGAAGUAGUGUCAUUGUGUCACAUGUCAUGUGACUUCCAACAAGGUUUAAACAUUUCAGAAGAAAGCAAAAGUGAAAACCAAACUUAAGGUACCAGUAGAGGGGUCAGUUGCUUGCCUCUUGGCUUCUCCAGAGACAUGGAAUUACUUCCCCAUGAUGGGAACAGUAAAGAGAAUCACUGAUAGGAAUGAUAACCUUACUGCUGUCUAGUUGGUUUCCCUGUCUGUUCAUCUCAUGGAUCUAUAUUACCAUUGGUUCCCCAGCAUAAAAUGAAUUCUACUGUGCUGUUAAAUCAGGUACUAAUUUGUACAUAGGCUGAAAGUGUGUUUUGAACUUAAGCUUUCCCAGUAUUUGGUGCUUAAUGCUGUUCAUUUUAUUUAAAAUAAGUGUGCAUAUAUAACCCCUACAUAUAGCCAGUAGGUACUGUACUAAUCUGGCUGAGCAUGAACUGAUCAAGAUGUCAAAACUGAACAAAAAUAGCCUGACACUGAUGAAACUGUUAACCCACUAAUUGCCUUAAUCCUCCAGUUAUGUUAAGCAUACAGAUAACACGUGAUGCUACAUGCGAAGCUUGAAAGAGGAGUUGUCUUGUCCUGCAGAGCAAUAAUGCCUUUUUCUAUCAGGAAUUAAGCUCACCAUUUCUUUCAAGUUCAAAUGCACUCUAGUGGAAAUUACGUGCUUUUUAUAAAGACAUGCAGCCAUGUUUUCCAAACAAGUGAAUGUGUGUAUUCACCUUUCAGUGAACUAUAUUAAGUGCUGAAUUACAAUGUGAAGUGAAAAGCUUCUGCUUACAAAGAAGCCCCGCAGACAAUGUUCGAUCUCUGUGUACAUGUUAACUACAGUCCACCUCCAGAAAGCCAAAUGCCCUGUGGAGUCCAGAUAGGCAGUUGUCCAGCUCUUCUCCUAACUGACUUGCUGUGAAGAUGCUCAUAGCCUUACCUUGUGUUUGCUUUUUAAAUAAUUAACUUUGUAUUUUAAACGUUGUAGAUUUGUAGGAAAAUGCAAAGAUGGUACUGAGUUCCCAUAGCCAUGGAUCCUGUGUCUGCUGUUGCUAGCAUCCUGUGUAGUAUGCUGCCAUUGCCGUAUUGUUGACUCGCUGCACGGCAUGGCAUUCAGAGCUCUGGCUGUUCCCUGGUGUCCCAUUCUGUCCCGUUCUCCCCCUCAGAGUUCUCAAGUACCUCUGCGAUCACGUCUGCUGAGGUGUCUCCUCACCCUGGCACUUCACUUUCUUAGUUUUGAUGGCCUUGAAGUUUUUAGGAAUAUUGAUCAGAUGUCCAGCUCCUGUAAAGUAUGUAGUAUGUUUCUCAGUAUUGCAUGAGCUCAUAGGCUUGAGGGAGAAGAUUACAGAAGAGAAGUACCAUUUUCACAGCGUCUGAAGGGGUGUGCCAUGCUGUGCUGACUUGGAACGCCUGUGGGGUUCUCCACUAGGAAUGUGUCCCUCACCUGUUCUGUGGCAGUAGAGCAGGAGAGAGAGAAGAAAGGAAGAGCAGGCACAGAGAAUUAUUUAGGGCAGACAAGUAUCAGAAUACAGCCCUUGUAGUUCUUUAUGGUACCUGCCUCCCUCACAGUUUACCUUUGGAGCACAUCUGAAGCACAUGCAGGUCCCUCAUGCUAGAUGUGCAGUUGGUUUAUUUGAACCUGCCAUGUUUCUGUUCUAUACAUCCUCAAACGUGAUGAUUGAUUUUCAGAAAUCUUUUAGUAAAAAAAAAAAAAGUUUGCAAAGCCAUUGAAGGCCAUACUCUAAAGUGUUUACUUAAAGAAUAGAAUUUUAGCCAGAAUUUUAGGAGAUUUGUUUAACAUAGCCCUUAAAAUAUUUACACAGGUCAUUUUUUAAAACUGCAUUCCAAAAUAUAAAUAGGUAGUUGUGCUUGAGGUAACAAUUCCCUCCUUUGUAGUGGACGGUGGAGCUUGUCGUUAUGAGGAUGGGCCUGUUAUAGAAGGGCAUAUUUAAUCCUCAUUUUUGCACAUUAAUAGCAGUCAAGGCUGUGAGAUUUUGCCUGCGUGUGCCCUUCAUUAUUCCCAGUUUACUGAAUAACAGGAAAGCCACAUAUCGGAAGGGGAUAUGAGUGGGAGGAGGAAGGUUAGUGUGGCGGCUCCAUUGCUGGGCAAGCAUUCUCACAGGGUGCUGGGCAAGCAUUCUCACAGGGCUCUGGACAGAGUGUAGAGCUUUCAAUGUGAUUUUUCAAGUGAGCUCUCUGUUUUCAUGUCAGAAUUCAUUGUCUAAAAGUGAGACCAUCCUGAUUGCAGCUUAAAACACUGGCUUCCAGUCCUUGUCCUUGAUAAACCUAUGGCCACAGGUUCAUGGUUCUCUGCUUUGAGUCAGCUUGUGAGAUGCUCCACUGUCGCACUAGGCUAUUUGGAAACAUUUAUCCACUCACAAAUAAUGUCUUAAGCCACUUAAGUGAUCUGUGCCUUACUGUAACAAGCAAAAACAGCUACUUUAUGUUAAAAAGAAAAAACAAAACUGUACACCUUAUUCUUUUAAAAAAUGUCCAGAAAACUGGAAGCAAGUGGGUGCUUCACAAACCUUGAGUAUUUGAAGUUGGCUUUUAAAUGAGACUUCGCAGUAUUAUGAUGGAGACAGUAGAAAAAAGUAAGAGACUAUAAGAUGAGUUCUGAAAUUUAAAAAAACAGGGAAUAUCUUUUGCUUUGCCUAAACCAAACCAAAUAUAAGUUCCCUGCUAUUGAGAAUACAUGUUUCUGCUUGCACUGUCUGUUAGAAACUGAGAGCUCCCAAACUAAACAUUUCAGAGAAGCCGCUUCUGCUCCUCUAGAGACUUGAGCUCUGGCUUCCGCAUCUUGUGCUUCAUGUGUUGCUAAUCCAACCCCUGAGCUGUGCCUGGUCUUGAGUCUCUCUCAGGCUCUGCAUCCACGGAGUCAGGGGCCUAAAGAUAGGAGAACAGAUGUGGAGCCGCAGCUUUGUUAAAGUGAAGAUGUCGCUGAGUAAAGUACAGUGGUGGUCACCUGAUUUAGCCUCUCCUGUAUCAGACUGUUGCAGGGUUACUUUUCCAAUUCAAAGUUAGUAACUCUCCUUCACUGAGAAAAUAUUUAUUGAUUUUUUUGUACCAGUCAGGAGCAAGGUAUAAUAAUUAAGGAUGUAAGGGUGUGGGAAUAAACAAUUACCCAGCUCCAGGGAAUCAAUUAAAAGGGAAGGGAAGUGCAGGCGUUAAGAUAAUAAUUAACAAUAAUAAUAAAAUGCAGAAAAGAUGUAUUUGCUUACACGGUACUUGCUCAAGAAUCAACACCAAGAGAUGCUUUUCAAGAACUGCUGCUGUAUUUAAAGUAUGUUCUAAUGACAGAAUCAUUAACUCUUUGAGUAAUUACGUGAGCCACUAGAAUGCUGCUAAGAUCCCACUUUAAAGGAUAGAUUUGGAGGCACUGCUAGGCUGAGUCCUUGCUUUGACCAUCCACAGGACAUGCAGUAUCGAUGGCCACAUCCCCAAGUUCAAGAGUAACUUAGGGUACAUAAAGGAAGAACCUAGCAUGCUGAUGGGAGUCCAGAUUUUACAUUAAAAAAAAAUCUUGGUAGCAACAUUUUCUAGAUAGCCUUUUUCUUCUUAGCUAAAGGUGUGACUGUUACUAAGAUCCUAUGCUGAUCUAAUGCUAAUGGUGUGACCCAGGAAUGACCAUGAAGUAGUUGUUGGUUAACAAAGGGAAAAUUCCUGGUCAACAGCAAAUGACUGUGGACAUUCUCGCAAUCAACAGCCAUUCAUUCUCUGCUCAGACUUCCAGGACAAGUUGAUCCCUUUUAUGAGUAAAUUGUCUCCUGAAAACCCCACUGCUUGCUGUCAAUGCGUCUUCAGUCUGAGAAGAUAUUUGAAAAUCAGAAUAAAAAUUCAAAAUGGAAAAUGAACCCCUAAACGUAGGGUCUCCCCAAGCAUCUCUUAAUGUAGGUAGUCAUUUUUUUUUUUUAGCAAGCCAAUUCUCUGUGAGCAUUUUCCCCAUGUUGAGCCCAGAGUCCUGUUAGUGUUGGUUUUUUAAAACUUCAAGGACUAGAAAGGCUUUGUAACAGCCAGUUGAUGUUAUGAUUUGUUUAUAAAAUAGGGAAUUAUGUAUAUUGAGACAGAAAUAUUUUAUUUUAAAACAUAGGAUUUUGUGCAAUAUUUUUCUUGCGUCGUUUAGUUUAUAUAAAUAUGCACAUCUGCUUUUCUGGCAGAUGCCUUAAGGUCAUGUCUUUCAGUAUUUGCCUAAAACUGUAUGUAGCAAUGUUCUAUGUGAUUUCAGAAAAAAAAAUUACUCUUUGUAUUGUUAGCAGAAGUGCUCUUGUUUAUUUAAAAUAAUUGUGGAGAUUGCAUUAUUGUAUCAUACCUAACUGCCUCAGCCACAGUAAAUAUGCAAUAAGAAAAUCACGUUCCUUUGAUUAGUAUUGACAACACUGUUACUUUAACAGAAAUGUGUGUGCUACCGAGCGCUGGCUGUCUGUAUUCCUUUAACAGCUACUCUGCGGCACAUGGAUCUGAACGGUCUAUCUAUGUGAUAGCCAUGUGUGUGGAUUAGGACACUUUGUGAUGCGUCUUUGUUGAGGCUUCUGAAGGGCAUUGCCAGUACCUUCUGACUGUAAAUUAAUUGUUGUAUGAUGUAUAGUUUGUUUAGCCUUGGAGCUUCUAUAGAUUUCUACUUUUAUUAUACUUGAAUGAGGCAGGAAGCACUGUGGGCAGGAUGCAACUUGCAGAUAAACCAAAAAUAAACCAAGGUACUGAACAGCAAUGCUGACGGAGUGCUUUAUAGUCCAGGAGUCCGUGUUUUUCCAGCCACAUUUUAGGGAAAUGAAGUAAUUGAAGAUAAUACAGUCUUUUAUCUAGACAGUAUAGUCUCAAAUGAUUACCUCCUCGAUGUGUCAACAGUGUGUGUCCUUUUUAAACUUCCGUAUCAGUCCUUAGAUAGCUUAGUUGAGGGCCAUCCAUGCUCCCUCCUCGGACCACUCAGUGUCUAGGACGGAACAAACCAACUACAUUGUGCAUAUUAGAUGCACUGUCUGUGUGAAGUCACUGUGUUUUAGAUGGAGUAGCUUUCAUAGGUAGCUUUGAGAACUCUUUAAUAAUCAUAUACCAAAAACUAAAACCUAAAUUUUUAAAGAUCAGUUAUUCCUUAGCUGUGCCUAAAAACUCUUAGUCAUGAAGGCCACAUGAGGGACUCAGGAUUGAAUGUUCCCAAAGUGUGUGUUCGUUCCUUUAGCUGAAGAGUUACUUAUUCAACAUAACCUGUAGCUCAGAAAACAAAACUAAGCAAAAACAAAACAACCACGAGCAACAAGACGGUGAGAUGUGCUUCAUUGUCCUUGCCCCUGCGGCUACAGGCCGCCAUCUCGGAACGAGACUCCUAUGGGAAGAUGUUCUGUAUAAAGGUACUGCUUGGGAGCUUUUUUUAAUAUGCAAAAUAAAAUGUUGGAUGAACUCUGCUUUGCCAUAAAGUACCCAACAAUGUCGUUGAAAAUAAAAUUGGUCACAAUCAAA